AACCUGCCAACCUGCUAACCACGCCAACCAACAAGCCCUCCCUUGUGAAUUUCGCGCUGAUGAUGACUGCUGGAAGGCUUCCACUUUCGAAGGGUUUCAGUUCAACAUCCAAACCCAUAUCAACAUCAGCGCAGCAAUUGUUGAUUUCACAUUUCGAAAGGUCCGCGGGUUCGCCAUUUUCCAUGGAGUGUCAGAUUGAUGGGUUAGGGGAUCCCCGCCAUGUCCAUUGUUCAGCCUUCGUCUUCUUCCCUAUUCAUCCCAGUUUCCGCAUUCGUCCAUCCAAUUCGCCUCUAGUUCCGGCCAGGAAUGGAAAUGACGUCGAGGGCGGCCAUCCCCUUCGCCAAUAGGCAAUAAACAUUGCAAUGAUGUCGUCCUACCGGUACCCCUUCUCAGUCUCUCUCUGUGAACUUUCUCUGCGUUGGGUAUUCGACAACUGUUGUUUGACUGUUUCUUGCUUACCACCCCUUUUCCCGGUGAUUGCGAGAUUCGUUUACAACAAUGACAUUACAAAACACCAUCCUGCAAAAGCGGAAAACAUCAACUCAACAGGCCCCUUUGAAAUUAGAGUCCAGAGGCUCUUGGGAUAGGGCCGCUGCAGAGUUCAUCAACCAAGCCGAGAAGCUGUCGCACCACCAUCCGAGCGAGAGCGACGGGGACGGCGUCGCCAUUGAAGCCCAUUUUGUUACGCCCCACGACCCAGUUAUUGUCACGUCCGAUGGCAAUCGCUUGCCUCCAGUUCCGUUGGACGAAGCCCACAAACUGAAUGUGUUGAGGCAGGAGCUAAACCACCAUGAACCAACUACAACAGCCGUCUCGGGAAGCGAAGACCACGCCACCGAUGAAAAGCCAGCUGCGUCAGUAACCGAGAAUGUGGCCAGAGUCGCGGCGGACAAGACGAAGAGGCGGAGUAAGAAGAGGACACCAUCAAACGGGAGCUUAAGGGAGGCGACGCCUCCGACCCAUACUAACCCCCUAUUUCCUCCUUUGCCGCUCUAUGGGCCCCCCUCCCUGCUUAGAAACAUUCAAUGCCGCAUUUUCCAAAUGUCGUCCUUUUUUCUCAGCUUGGCCUUUCUGGGCGUCAUUGUCCUUGGUGCCCUCUUUACUGGCAUCGGCCCUUCGUUGCGGCGUCUAUGGCAGCAGGCGACACUCCAAAACCCAGAUAUCAGUCGCCCCUUUUACGCCGAAGAAAUGCAGCGAAAGAAGCAUAGGAAGGAAAAGGAGCGGGAAUGGACGCGCGGGCAGUCCGCGCCGCAUUCGCGCUCAUCAGAAGAAGGAACCAGCGCCGACAAUAAUGAUGAUUACACACCGACCGAGGGCGGCCUCGACCCGAUUAUGUGCGACCCACCCUACUACGCCCGCCGAGUUGGUCUCGACAUGGAAAUGUUCGAAGUACAGACUGAAGACGGCUUCAUCAUCGACCUCUGGCACGUCUACGACCCCAAGGAACACGAGCCUCUCCCGCCAGAGGAACGCGCCCCUGGCAACCCAGAAAUUUUCAAGACUCCAAAACGAAAACUUGCAACCACCACCAAACGCCAACCCAACAAAAAGCCCAAGUUCCCCGUUCUCCUCAUGCACGGCCUCCUUCAAAGCUCGGGCGCCUACUGCGUGAACGACGACUCGUCGCUAGCCUUCUACCUCUGCAAGUCCGGCUACGACGUCUGGCUGGGCAACAACCGCUGCGGCUUCCGGCCCCGGCACACCCUGCUCGAUUACUCUGACCCGCGCAUGUGGUGCUGGAACAUCCGGCAGAUGGGCGUUUUCGACCUGCCGGCGCUCACCUCGCGCGUGCUGUGCGAGACCGGGUUCGACAAGCUUGGGCUCAUCUGCCACUCGCAGGGCACGACGCAGGCCCUGGUUGCGCUGGCCAAGGAGCAGCGGCCCGAGCUGGGUGAGAGGCUGACGGUGUUCUGCGCCCUCGCACCCGCCGCGUACGCCGGCCCGCUCAUUGGGAAGAUGUACUUCAAGUUUAUGCGGGUUAUCUCGCCGGCUAUGUUCAGGCUCAUGUUUGGAAUCCAUGCGUUCAUCCCGUUCAUGAUGACCAUGCAUGCAACGUUGCCACCCAGGGUGUAUGGGUGGCUGGGGUACAAGGUGUUUUCGUUCUUGUUUAACUGGACGGAUGAGAGAUGGGACCGCGGGCUGCGGGACCGCAUGUUCCAAUUUGCGCCGGUGUAUGUCAGCUCCGAGUCAAUGAGGUGGUGGUUGGGGAGGGAGUGUUUCGCGAAGCAUAAGUGCAUCCUGGCUACCAAGGAGGAGUGGAGGGCCGAGGAACGGGAGGAUCACGAGCUGGCCAAGGGGGCAGAGUCCAUCCUGGAUGCUGCAGAGCGGGAUAUGGAAGGGAAUGGUGAGGUUGAGAAGUCGGAACGUGCGGCUGAGGCGCAACAGAGGAAGCCCAGGGGAUCGACGGCGUGGUACAAUCACCAGGCGCCUCCGUUUGCGCUGUGGGUCUGUGGGAGCGAUGACCUGGUGGAUGGCGACAAGCUGCUGCGGCGGUUUGAGCGCGGGCGGGAGCCGCAUGUCAGAGUUGUUCACAGCAAGGUCAUACCAGAGUUUGAGCACUUGGAUGUCAUCUGGGCCAUGGACGCGCCAGACCAGGUGUUCAAGGAGGUGCGGGAGGUGCUGUGGAAGACGUGCCAUGUUAGGGAUUUGUGCCGUGUCCCUAAGGGAUGCGAGGAGGUUGAGGCCUGGAUACCGCCGGCCGAGGGAGAGGAGGAGGGGACCGAUGGGUUGCAAUCGAGCAGCAGCGAGGAAUUGUCUGCGUGAGGUUGUUCAUGCAAGGGAUAGAAAGUGUCAGAGGCGGUGCUUGGGCGUUAGGCAACAGAUACCCGGCAUGGUGGCUGGUGGUUUUACGUUCUAAAGAGACUCCCGAUAGAGAAACAGCAACAAUUAGGGGGCCAAUACACGUGUGUUCGCCGGGCAUGCCCUGAAUGAGGGUUGGCUCGGCACGACCACUUCCGUCGUUCCAUCAAACCAGAUCUCCGUGGAUCAAUUGAAAACUCGCGACUUCAACGGCGUUGUCGGCCUCCAAGGUUUAAUCGCAAGUUGUGGGCUUUCUAGCAUAUAAG